GCGCCGCCCGCUCUUUCCCCUUCUCUCGGGCGCUCUCCGCGGCCGGCGGAGCCCCGCCCCCUUCGGCGUGCUGGCGUCACUUCCUGGCGACGGCGGCGCGGCCUGGUGGCAGCGUGGAGGCGGCGGCGGCGGCGGCGGCGCCCCGCGGAGCCGCAGCACGGCCCAGCAGCAGCCGCAGCCGCCGCCCGGUGCAGCCAUGGAGCAGCUGAGCAAGGCGGGGCUGCUGGGGCUGGUGGCGGGCGUGGCGUGCGGCCUCUGCCUCGGCUGGGGCCUCCGCGGCCGGCUCCUGAGGCAGUCCCGGGCCCGGGCAGCAGCGGCGGCGGCGCCACUCGGAGGAGCCGGACCUGAGGCGACGGUGCCCGGGGAGGACGGGGAGUUCAAGCUGGUGCUGGUGGUGCGGAACGACCUGAAGAUGGGCAAGGGGAAGGUGGCGGCGCAGUGCUGCCACGCCGCCGUGGCUGCCUACAAGCAGGCGCAGAGGAGGACGCCCGAGGUGCUGCAGCAGUGGGAGUACAGCGGGCAGCCCAAGGUGGUGCUCAAGGCGCCCGACGAGGAGACGCUGCUGCAGCUGCUGGCCGAGGCCAGGCGCCUGGGCCUCACCGUCAGCUUGGUGCGGGAUGCCGGCCGCACGCAGAUCGCCCCCGGCUCGCAGACGGUGCUGGGCAUCGGGCCGGGCCCGGCUGAUGUGGUGGAUAAAGUGUCCGGGCAUCUAAAGCUCUUCUGAGCUGGGGCCCAAAGAAGUGCCAGUGCGUUGGUACUGAGGAGUGAUAUCCAAAACUUGGGAUUGUUUCAUAUGCUCUCAGUAAAAAUAUUAUUUUCUUUUGUAAAAAAAUUAAACUUGCAAAAUGUAA